CUGCCAACAAAAAACAAGAAUAAGACAAGCUCGGCUUACUUUUACUGUCAACAACAAAAGUGCAUCGUUGGCACAGUCAUCUUUUGGGAACAUUAAACUAGCGCGCGAUGAACUCGUACACCUGUGAAAAACUUUAAAGGAGGCUGUGGUCAUGAGUGGUGAGCGGUCGGUGGCGUGACUGCCCUAGAAUGGCCGCCGAGUUGUUUCCCGCCAAGAAGCUUCUUCCGUCCGCCUCUGAGCAGCAGCAAGAAGAGCAGCAGCAGGAGCAGCAGCACAACCCACAGUACCAACAAGAGCAUCACCAGCAGAACCUGAGCAACAACAACGGCACCUCCAGGCAGGCCGGCUGUACCUGGCAGGGCUUGUACCCCACCAUACGGGAGAGGAACUCAGUCAUGUUUAACAAUGACAUGAUGGCAGAUGUCUACUUUGUGGUGGGACCGCCAGGUGGGACGCAGCGGGUUCCGGGCCACAAGUAUGUCCUGGCGGUGGGCAGCUCGGUUUUCCACGCCAUGUUCUAUGGCGAGCUGGCUGAGGAUCAAGAGGAGAUUCGCAUCCCCGACGUGGAGCCGCCGUCCUUCCUCGCUAUGCUCAAGUACAUCUACUGCGAUGAGAUCGAGCUGUGUGCCGACACAGUUUUGGCUACGCUGUAUGCCGCUAAGAAGUACAUAGUGCCGCACCUGGCGCGCGCUUGCGUAAACUUCCUGGAGACGAGCCUGAGCGCCAAGAACGCCUGCGUACUGCUGUCUCAGAGCUGCCUGUUCGAGGAGCCCGACCUGACGCAACGCUGCUGGGAAGUGAUCGACGCUCAAGCCGAGCUGGCCCUGCGCUCUGAGGGCUUCUGCGACAUCGACGCGCACACGCUGGAGAGCAUCCUGCGCCGCGAGACCCUCAACGCCAAGGAGAUGGUGGUGUUUGAGGCGGCGCUCAGCUGGGCCGAAGCCGAGUGUCAGCGUCGGGAUCUGAGGCCCACCAUCGAGAAUAAGCGGAUGGUGCUCGGAAAGGCCAUAUACUUGAUCCGCAUCCCCGCCAUGGCUCUUGAGGACUUCGCUAACGGGGCAGCGCAGUCCGGCGUGCUGACGCUAAACGAGACCAACGACAUCUUCCUGUGGUAUACGGCGGCCAACAAGCCUGAGCUGCUGUUUUGCAGCAAGCCUCGACAAGGCCUGGCGCCGCAGCGCUGCCACCGCUUCCAGUCGUGCGCCUACCGCAGCAACCAGUGGCGCUACCGCGGACGCUGUGACAGUAUACAGUUCGCCGUGGACAAGCGCGUCUUCGUGGCCGGCUUCGGCCUCUACGGCUCCAGCUGCGGAUCGGCCGAAUACGGGGCCAAAAUGGAGCUGAAGCGUCAGGGCGCACCGGUGGCGCAGCGCGUCAUCAAGUACUUCUCGGACGGCUCCAGCUCCACUUUCGCCGUGUGGUUCGAGCACCCGGUCCAGAUCGAGCCCGACGCCUUCUACACAGCCAGCGUGGUCUUGGACGGAAAUGAGCUCAGCUACUUCGGACAGGAGGGCAUGACUGAGGUGCAGUGCGGUAAGGUCACUUUCCAGUUCCAGUGCUCCUCAGACAGCACUAACGGAACUGGCGUGCAAGGCGGUCAGAUACCAGAACUCAUCUUCUACGCUUGAGUAGACACUUUUUGGCUCCAAUGGAAGGCCUUUUGAGUAUUUAUUCCCAUUACUCAAGCUAUCAUGCUCUUUGGUCCUCACUAGUAAUAAAAUACAUCACACUUGUAAAGAAUAGAACAAAUGCCCAAAAGAUCACUGAUAAAACAUCUGAAUAAGUUUGAUUUUAAUGUAAUUUAUGCACAACCUCUCACAUAACAAAAAUCGGCAAAUAUGACUAUAAAUGCGAUAACAAGCAUAAGCGGAUUUUAAGGGGGGGGGCCUAGUGGCUGAAAAGUGUCAUUGCAUGUAAUUCACUUUCCUAUAUAUAUAUAUAUAUAUAUAAGUUAUAAAACUAUAAAACUGCAACAAAAAUGAAUGAAUUGAACAAAAACAUUUUUAUAAUAGGUCGAAAUGAUUUUACGAGCACCUUAGACAUUUGCUUUGCAUAUAAUUUAAAAUAUAUAUAUGUAUUAGAGAAAAAAAUAUUUUUGAAAUGAUUUUUUUUCUUUGAUUGAAAAUAUUUUUUUUUGAUUGAAGCAACUUUUUGGGGGUUUGAAUGAUUUAGACACAAAUGUCCUAAUCAUAGUAUGGCCCAAACACAAAAAGGAUUGCUUCAAUCAAAGUGUUCAAGUUCAAAUUUUUCAAUCUCAAAUAUUUUUUGUAUUCAAAAACGUUUUUCUAUAAUUGAAAUUUUUCUUUUUUUUGAUUGAAGUGGUUUUUAUUUUUGAAAAUCUAUAUUUUUUGAAGCAACUUAUUUUUGGAUAAUAAAGAGAAAAAUGUCCUAGCCAAAAUGUGGCCCAAAUACAAAUCAACAUUACUUCAAUCAAAAGUUGCUUCAAACCAAAAAAAAAACUUGACUUAAAAAAAAAUAAAAGAAUAAAAUUAAUCAAAGAAAAAUUAUUUUCACAUGCUUUUUUUUACUUUCUUUAGUUUCAACUUUAUUUUUGCAUUCAAAAAUUGAUAAAGGCAACUUUUUUUGAUUGAAUAAUAGAGACAAAUCUCCCGCCAUAUGGGUCCGCCGAGGGGAUACAACUUUUGACUGGGGUAACUACAUUGGCACAACACCGGUGGGCGUACCAAAUUCAAUGGAUGACGAUCUUGACGAAAAGUAUUGCCCAAACAGCCUGAUUUAGAAUUCCCUUCAAGAAUGAUGGGAAACAAAAAAUGCUCAUGUCAACUUAUUAUUAUAAAUAUUCUUGUAAGUUAAUUUUAUUGCUGACACUGCGUUUUGGGGUCAUCAACAUGUUGUGCCCCCCCAGCCCCAAAAGUCAAACUCCGCCGCCUAUGAUAACACGGUAACUAAGCCUGUUGCAAUAUGCAAUAAGUCAGUUAACGGUAAAUAAAAAUGAGGGCGGUAAUUGUCCCGGCUGUGAUUUAUCGAAUAUAUAUGCGCGUGCGUGUGUUCGUGUGUUUCACAGAUGUUUAUUGGUCAUCAACACAUUGAUUUAUUAGGAUGUUUUGUCACUACAUUAGUAGUUAAAUUGAUUUUUAAAAAAUAGCAAUAAUAUUACAUUUCGGCAAUAAUUUAUGAGACAAUGUAUCGCCUACUAAAAUUUGUUAUCGCGACAGGCCUAACGGUAACAUAACCAAAUGUACACGACAUGGUAACUUUGCUAGAGGUUGGCUAACACCAGAAUUUGAACCCUAUGUUCAUUCACAAAGUCGUAUAAACAAAAUACAGAAGGCCCAACAAGAAAGGGAACAAAUGUAAUGGUAAUCUAUUUAAGGAUUUAGUUGAAUAGUAUUACACUUAAAAGUUGUUCCUUAGUAUUUGAAUAGAAACUGUUCUUAACCAUGACUGUUUGUUGUUUGAGUUGAAGACCACUGAACUGUACUUGAUUCAUGCACAGUAGUGGUCUAAAAAAAGUUUUUUUUUAACAUUUAAUUGAGUCAAUCUUUUGUGUACCACUGGUGGUACUGAAACCACACUUUGAGAAGCAAUGCAAUAGAGGACUAUAGCACAUGAUAGUUGAUCCACCCCUCUCCAAAAAAGGUAUCUACGAUACGGAAUACAUGCUCAGACGGCUUUCCAAAGGCUCACACUUUAGUUUUCCCUAUAGUGGACCGCAUCUGUAGAAUUCCUUUUCACCUUCACAACAGAAGAUGUGAAUUUCUUUGGCGUUUCUCCACAAAGUUCUCAAGUGACGCAAAAACCCCAAACAGCAAAGACUUUUGAGCUUUCCACUCUUUCUUUGCUGGACAGGUUUUUCCAUUUGUGAAGAAUCAUCUAUGAACUGGACUCUUGCCUUAAAAAUCAUGUUGACACAAAAAUGUUCUCUUUGAAAACAAAGAUGUAACAUUUUUAAUUUUACCAAGCACAUGGUGAUGUGUUGUCAGUAGUUUUGUGUGUCCAUGCAUCACUUGUUUUUCAUGUCUGUUGAAUGUGCGCGGUGGCAGAAGUGGCCUUAAAUCAUGAGUUAAAAAACAACAACAUUCUAUUGUCCUAUUUGUAUAUUUAUAUAGUUAUGUGUCUGUUUUUACUUUUAUUGGCAAAGAAUCAUCAAAAUAAAUACAUUAUAUCACAUUGA